AUGGCAGAAUAAACACUUUUUGAGCUUAAAGGAACUGUGGCUCUUCAUAAUUUAGUCAAAAGACAUGGACCUAUUGAUAAGCAAGGUGAUAAUAAAGGAUCAGAAAAAUAGUUUUGUUUUAAAUAACCAAAUAAUUUGAAAAUAGAUUGUUUUACUUUAGAAUUUUAGUUCUAUCCUCUGCAAAAGAGCAAAGGAAAAGAUGAAUAAAAUAUUUUAACUAUUUUUAGCGAUUAACAAAUAAUUUUGUAAUUGAAGAUAGUAGAAUAAAGUCAACUUAGAUUGUAUCUAAAGGAAAAUGGAAUAAGUGAAUAUAAUAUUGGAUUUGUAAAUGUAAUGGAAUAAAACAUAGUUUUCAUUCAUAUUUAAGAAGGAAAGGGAUUUGCUUAGCUUAAUAACUCUAAAAUGGAAAUUCAAUCUCAUUAAUUCUUAGCUAAUGGAGUCAAAUAAGGCUCUUCCAAAUACAUUUUGCAUCUUUCAACCAAAGAAAAAAAUAAGCAUUACAGCGGAACAAUAACAGACCUUUCAAUUAAAGCUAACCAUCAAAAUAUAGAUUAGUAACUUUUGUCCUAAGCUCUGUUUGAUAAAGUACAAUCUCUUUAGAAAAUUAACUAAAGUUAAUUUCAUGAAGACUAUAUUGAACCUAUCAAGUCUUUACAAGAAUUGUAUUAUUUUGAUUGCAGCAAAGACCCAUUAAAUGUAUCAAAGGUUCCUUUGAAAAAAUAUAAGAGAAAUGAAAAUAAAUCAAAAGUUCUAGUUUGCCAUGAUAUGAUGGGAGGUUAUAUUUAAGAUAACUACCAAUGUGGCUACAAAGAUCCUAUUCAUAACUAUAGAUUUUUCGAAUGGGGAAUAUGUGACUACUUUAUUUACUUUAGUCAUUAUAGAGUGUCAAUUCCUCCUCCCAGCUAUAUUGAUAUUACACACUCAAAAGGAGUUAAAUGUCUAGGCACUUUUAUUACAGAGUGGGAAGAAGGCGAAAAAGAAAAUGACCUGCUUUUAAAAGGACAAUUUAUUUCUAAAGAAAAUAAUUAGAUAUAGUUUCAUUAAAAUAAAUAUAUCUACGCAGAUAAGUUAAUAGAAAUAUGCAAACAUUAUAAGUUUGAUGGAUACCUCAUCAAUAUAGAAGCUAAAGUAUCCAAUUCUUAUGAGUUAGCAGAGUGGACGAGAUAUUUGAGAGAUAAAAUUCAUGUGGAGGUGCCAGGAUCAGUAAUUAUUUUUUAUGAUAGCAUAAUUUCUACAGGAUAACUCUAAUGGCAAUCUUAACUCAACAAUAAUAACAGAAUGUUUUUUGAAGUAAGUGACUUGUUUUUUACUGAUUACAAAUGGUAAGUCUUUUAGCUUUAGUAAUCAAUGUAAAAUGCAGGAAACAGAAAACUGGAUGUCUUCACAGGUAUAGAUAUUUUUGGCAGAGGUACCUAUGGAGGUGGUAAAUUUAAUACGUCAGAAGCCUUGCAUGAAAUCAUUAGAAAUGGUUCUAGUGUUGCAUUUUUUGCUCCUGGUUGGACUUAUGAAUGUGAAGGUGGAAUGGAAAGUAAAGGUUGCUUUCUCAGAAGAGAAUAAGAGUUUUGGCAUGGUGUUUAAUGUAAUACAUUUUUUGAUCCAGCGAAUGAUAAAUGGGAUUACACACAACCAUAAUAAGGAAAUCCACCAGCAUGGGAACAUCUUAAAGAGGAAAAUACAUCAAUAGCAGUAUCAUCAUUUUUCCCUAGCUUUAGAUAAUUUAGAUAUAAUGUUCCAUAUGAUGUUAACUUAAAUGGCAAAACAAUUUAUUUUUCAUUUUAAGUUAAGGGUACACCUCCUAAAUCUAAUGACUUAUUUGUUGCUUGCAUAGAUGCUUAUGAAAACUAUAGAUUAGUUUACUCUGUAGACACUAAAAGUUAAAUGCUAAUUCAAAACGGAAUGCCAUUUAUGUAAAGGUUUAAUUAAGGUUUAUUCUAAGAAACGAAGACUGAUUGGGAAGAUAUUUAAUUAGAACUCACCAUUCCUUAAAUGAAUGUAUCUAGAAUUACACAUUUUGUUUUUUAUCAAGUUGGAUAAGAUGUUGAGUAUUGGGCAGGCUAUUAUGGUGCAAGGUUUAAAAAUGAAGACAUGGGUUUUAAAAGUUAUGAGGAAAGAAAAGACUUAUGCAAACAUUUAAAUACAAGAAGAUGCUGUGAGUUACCAAUACAUACAUUUUACAAUGAUGGAGUUGGAAAAUAUUAUUUCAUUGAAGGUGUUUAACAACAUAUUAAUGAUGGAAAUCUUUAUCACAAUAAUAUUCAUGAAUUUGAUUUUGAUUACCAGUUCUUCUCAAAGAAAAUUAAAUCUAGCAAAAUAAAUAAUAAUCACAGUGUAAAUUACACUCUUUCUAUUGAUGAAAGCUAAGGUUGGAAUGGAUUAUCAUCUUUAUAGUUAAAAGGACAACUAGAUUAAUCAUCACCAAUACUUAUUAAGCUUUUGAAAACAUCUAUUAGUGAUUGUGGAAAGGAGCUAUUUGUAGAUUUUAAUUUAAAAAGCCCUUCUUAGUUUUUAGAUGCAGAUAUUUUUGUAAGAAACUAAGCAAAGAAUUUAGUAUAAAUGAAAAGAAUGCUAAAAAAAGACAGAGGAAAUAAUUGGUUUACUUAUUUCUAUGGAUUAGAUACUCAAAAAGAGGAUAUUAAAGAAGUAAAGGGUGUUUAUUUAUAACUUAGAAGUAAUCAAGCUGAAAAGUUUUAAAUCAAUAUUGGUGGAAUUUCAUUAUACAACGAUUUAAUAAAAAAUUCAUAUAAAGAUAUCAUGAAGAAAAGUGAAUAGAUAAUAGAAAGCUGCAAAGCUGUUGAAAAUGUUUAGAAUAUUUUAGAACCAAGUUAAAAUAUGUUGUUUUUUGAUCUUCUGAUUAAAUUUAAUAUGGAAGAAGAGGUAUACAGCAAAACGAAAAUCAUAAGAAUUUUUGUAAACAAUUAAUGGACAGAGAGCACUAAAAAGAAAGAAGUUCUACUUGAAAAGUUAAAGAUAAGUUCAGCUCUACAUUAAUUUGAAGUUAAGGCACAAAUUAUUCUUGAUAAUGGAUUUCAUGUGCCAUUAGAAAUGAUAAAGCCUUUUAUAAUAAAGACAAAGGAAUAAAUCAUAGAGUUAUGA